AUGGCGGACUCCGUCAAAUACACUCCUCCCCCAUCUCCCCCGUCACCCUCUGCAUCCUUCUACGAUGUAAGCGACGAUGACGAGGGAGAGUACAACACGAUCGCCCACGCCGCCUCGGGUCGCGGGGUCAAGCUGCUGUUCUCCAAGAGCAAAGUCUAUGUACAUCCGACGCCCUCCGCCAAGGACAACAUUCCUGGCUUCAUCGCCCUCAUCCAGCAGAAACCUCCCCCAUCCGCCCAGUCCAGCACUGCCUCGUAUCUCCUUUCAUGGGUGCCGGAAUCUUCGUUAGGAGAUGCUUACAGCACAUAUGUCAAGGUUGAUCUCGCCGAGGGCAGUUCGCCGCCGCGACAGAAGUACCUCGUGCCGCCACUUCCGACCACCACCUCUCACAAUGAUCCAGUCGGCCUCUAUUCCCUUGCGAUUCCCUUGUCAGAUAUCUACUCCCUCUUGGUACGACCACCCAGCUUGGGUUGGUGGUUUGGUAGCCUGGUGAUCAACACUCGGGCCGGUGACAGCUUUCCGGCCUUGUUUUUCCACGACAGCGAAUGCGAGUCGACGAUCCUUCAGAAGAAGAAACGAGUCCGAGAAAGCUUUGACCCGUUCGAUAGCGAGGGGGGCCUUUUCUGGGGAGGUGAUGAGGUGCUACGAUGGCUGCGGAGAUACGUCCAGGUACAGCGUUCGGCUGUAGAUCGUAAUGUCUAUCUGAUCAAUCCAUCCGAGGAAGACCAGCUAUCAUUUGGACGGCCGGCGGCGAAAGGGGACGGAUCGCUGCUGAAUGCAGCUCAAUCGCAGGCUGCUGCUGGACCCAGCGGACAGCACGACGCCAGCAUGGACCCAUUGAUGAAAACUCUCAAAGAAACACGGUGGAAAGUGCUCGAACAGCUCAGCAAAAUCACCACGUUUACCCGCCGAACUGCCAACGAGAUCGCAGAGCACCCUCGGUUGCCCCCUCAAAUGCGUCGCUUGAUGAAGAAUCCGGAGAUUCAGACUCUCCAGGAUGAGUUCGACAGCGCCAGGCUCUACCUGGCUCGGUGGGCUAUGACUGUUGCCGAGCAGAGCGAGAAAGAACGAAAUCAGCGCAUAUGGACAGCUCAGGAUGUCCUGGAGAUGGAGAACAGCUCGGUUGGAGAUUUCGAGAUCUUGGAACUGGAGACCGGUAACCUGGCCCUCCAGGAACGACGCCGAGUCGUCACACUCACAGAGUGGGAGGGCUUCUUUGACCCGAUAUCAGGGAGACUGCAAGUCACGGCGGAAGAGGUCAAAGAACGGGUUUUCCACGGAAGUCUGGAUCCCAACGAUGGCGCUCGGAAGGAGGCCUGGCUCUUCCUUCUCGGAGUCUACCCGUGGGACAGCAGCCUUGAGGAACGACAAGCAAUCAUGAACUCGAAACGUGACGAAUACAUCCGGUUGAAGGCCGGCUGGUGGGAACGGAUGAUAGAAGGUAACUCGACUGCAGAAGAGUAUGACCAUUGGAAAGAGCAGCGGAAUCGAAUAGAAAAGGAUGUCCAUCGAACCGAUCGCACCAUUCCACUAUUUGCCGGAGAAGACACCCCUCAUCCAGACCCAGAUUCUCCAUUCGCCGAUGUGGGCACUAAUGUCCAUCUGGAGCAGAUGAAAGACAUGCUCCUAACGUAUAACGAGUACAACCCUGAUCUGGGUUAUGUGCAGGGAAUGAGCGAUCUGCUUGCCCCGGUGUACGCCGUCAUGCAAGACGACGCGGUGGCUUUCUGGGGAUUUGUGGGGUUCAUGAACCGCAUGGAGCAAAACUUCCUCCGAGACCAGUCUGGGAUGCGUUCCCAGCUUCUGGCGCUGGAUCACCUCGUCCAACUUUUGGAUCCCCAACUCUACUUGCAUCUGCAGUCAGCCGAUAGCACCAACUUCUUUUUCUUUUUCCGCAUGCUGCUCGUUUGGUACAAGCGUGAGUUUGGAUGGGGUGACAUACUCCGCCUGUGGGAAACGCUUUGGACAGACUAUUUGUCCAGCAACUUCCAUCUUUUCAUCGCUCUCGCCAUUCUCGAAAAACACCGUGAUGUCAUCAUGGACCAUUUGAAGCAUUUUGAUGAAGUCCUCAAGUACAUUAACGAGCUGUCUAACACCAUGGAGCUGCUCCCUAUUCUUACUCGUGCAGAAUCGCUCUUCCAUCGCUUUGAACGUGCCGUUCAAGCCAUUGAUAAAAAAGACAAUUUUCCAUCUGCUCCAACAGCUCACCAGCGCCGACCGGGGGCGGGAACAAUGAUCGAGACUCUGUCUCUGAUUCCGAUAAAGGCAAAUCGCCUCGGCGACCCUUAG